CUUACGCCUGAAUGACAAUUCUGCCAUGUUUUCCAGAAAAACUUCAAUGAGGGUGAAAUUUUUGAUUGCUGUUUCGCUGAGCGUGAGAUCCCACAGUGGUUUUCCUGUCAAGAUGUGAGGUCAGUGGAAAUCGAGCUAUCUUCAGAUAUUUGUAAUGAUCCUGAUUGGAUGGGAUUUGCUUUAUGUGGUCUUUUCUCUUUUAAUACGCAUCCAGCUCUUGUUCGUACGAAUCUAGCAUCAGGACGUUCUGAAGUCUCCCAAUUUCGUUGUAAAAUGCAGACCAACUCUUGUCCUGUGCGUUUAGUAUGCUAUGGAAUAUUGGCUACAAGCAACGAAUUAAUUUCGUUAAAUAAACGUACAUUCAUUUGGGUAUUGUUCAUACCACGUACAACGCAUGCACAUUUAUGGACUCAAACCGAUUGGGUUGAGUUUUGGCUUGAAAGUGCUAUUCCCGAUUUGUCUGUUCAAAAUUUUGGGAUCAAUCUUGUAUUCAGGAAAAACAUGGACGAGUUAACGAGUGUAAUGGUACAAUGCUCUGCCCCAUUUGAUAGCUUCCUUGACUCUUGCUCUCCGCAGUGUUUCUAUUACAUAUGGAACGGUCAUCCUGAGGUGUUCGUUGGAACAAAGAGCUCUUUUGAGGACCUACACCCUCAGAGUUUAUUCAUUUCGCAGGGGGAGACUAGUGGAAUUGCCAAAAAUUCUUAUGACAAGGACCCAUACCCUCACAAUCAUUUUCGGUACUUUCAUCCGUCCACUGCAUAUAAUUCAUGUUUCCCAACAAGACAAACUCCAAAGUGGUUCAAUCAUCAGAGUCGUGGGCACUUGGUCACAAUUGACAUACCCCCAAAUUUGUACUAUGACAGUAACUGGCUGGGACUCACUCUAUGUGCUUCAUUUUUAAUCCCCAGGGAUCAAAAUGAUGAAAUUAUAGCAAAAUCUUCUCACUUCCUAUCCUGUCAGUUCCAAACGAGUAAAGCUGGUCUGGAUGAUCAAAUCCUUGGUUACCGCACCACUGAUGAAGAAAACCAGUGGUUAUUACGUGGUCUGAAUGGACACAUUUGGAUAUCCUACAUACCUGGCGAGUCAUUUAAGCAUGUGUUCCAUCAGGGCAGCCACAUUGAGGCUUCAUUUGUCACUAAUUGGCCAGGUGUGACAGUGCAAAAAUGUGGGUUUCGUCUUUUGUACAAGCAUGAUCGGGUACAGUUUGAGCAAGAACUAAAACAUUGCAACACCUUCAUUUCUGCACAUCGGGAUUUUACAUGUCAACUUAGCCAGCGAGCCACGAAGUUAGAAUUCAAGGAAGAAUUUAUGCAAGUGCUUAAAAAGGUUAAGACUCUACUCAAUGAAAAUGAUAUGCUGGUAAGAAAUUAUGAGUAAUUGCUUUGUUUCAAUUCCACUAUCAAUUCUCCCUCCAUACGUCUCAUAAUUUUUAU